AUGGCCUUCCACUGUCAACAGCCUCAGAACGGUCGACGUGGAGGUCGCCGCGACUUCAAUUCAAACAACCGCCGCCGCAGGUCAAACCGGCCCACCAAGCAGAGACUUCCAGCCAAGGACGCUGAUGGGAACAUUGCUAUGGGUGGCAUGGAACUUGCAACUCCAUCGUCAUUUCCAUUGGGACGCCAGAACAUCCCUGGUCCCUACCGUGGUCGCAACAGCCGCGGUGGCUCUCGUCAGCCCCGUAACUGGAACCAGAACAAAGUCCAGAAGAGCCCCCGAAAGGGGACUCAAGCCCUUCGCUACACUCCUCCUCCUCCUCCUCGCCCAGAACCUACCUUCUGGGAGAAAGUCAAUUGGGAACCCAAAGACACUUCCAUGGAGGACGCUCCGGCGCCUCCUGAAUGGAGCCAGUUCUCGUAUGCCAAUACGAAUGGCCUCCAUACCCAAAUUGACAUCGAAGGCGACAUUGUCAUGGGUGAAGCACCCUCGCUCACCAUGACACUCUUGACCGAGCUGAUGAGCGUUAUCGAGCUCUCUUAA